AGAAGUGCGAGGCCGAGCGGAAAAGGCCCCUCGGGGGGACAUCGGGGGGUGGCGGUGGCGGCUGGCGGCAGAGGCAGCCUGGAGGAGCAGAGCCCUGUGUCCCCCAGGAGCCCAAAGCGGGGAGCCCAGAGAGGGGGGAGCGCCGCCAUGGGCGGGAGCCUGCAGAGGCUGGAGAGGGGCAGGGGGGACUCCUUGGAGCCCCUGCAGCCCGGAGCAGAGCAUGAGGGGAGAAGGGAGCCCAGAAGGGAGCCCGAAAAGCCCCGGCAGCCCUGAAUGGGCAGAGCGAAGAGGGGGCAGCUUUUGGCAUUGCUGGCACUGCCAGCAGCCUGGGGAGGGCGGGCACCGAGGACAAGGGGGACCCCAAUGCCAGCGUGACCCCAGCAGCUGGGCCAGGGGGAACCCCAACAGCAGAGGGGAGGGAGCAGGGACGGGGAAUUCCUGGGAGGCUUUUUAGGGCUGAAGCUCGGUGUUUGGGAGGUUUUUCUGGAGCCCAGAUCCCAGGUGACUUCUGGAGAUGGACUCGGGCAGAGGGACCUUCAAUCUCAAUGUGCUCAUCCCUUGUUCUCCCCAAACCAGGAUCUCCCAUUCCCAACCCCCGGGAGGCUGUGAGGAAGAGGGGGAUGUCCCUGGACAUGCAGGCGGAGCAGGAGCUGAGCAUGGAGAGCAGGGAGGACAAAUCCCCGCGGCAGAAGCUGGUGGCAGAGGCCGUUUUGAGCGGCUCCACGGCGCAGGAAGCCAACGGGGAGGAAAAGCCCCGGAGAUGCCGCACGAGGAGGGGCUGCAAACGCAGCUGGCGGGGAUCUGAGGGGGAAAGAGCCAGCCUGGGCCGGGAAGGCGGCCGCAGAUGGAGCCAGAGCUCGCAGCUGGUGGUCCGUGAGCAGCUCCGUGAUGGGGAGAAGCCCCACACGUGCGAGGAGUGUGGGAAGAGCUUCAGGAGGAGAUCCAGCCUGAUCAGGCACCAGAGGAGCCACACUGGGGAGAGACCCUACGAGUGUGGGGAGUGUGGGAAGAGCUUCAGCCUGAGCUCCAACCUGAUCAAACACCAGAAAAUUCACAGUGGGGAGAGGCCCUAUGAGUGUGGGAAAUGUGGGAAGAGCUUCAGAAGCAGCUCCCACCUGAUCAGCCACCAGAGGAUCCACACUGGGGAGAGGCCCUACGAGUGUGGGAAAUGUGGGAAGAGCUUCAGAAGCAGCUCCCACCUGAUGAGCCACCAGAGGAUCCACACUGGGGAGAGGCCCUACGAGUGUGGGGAGUGUGGGAAGAGCUUCACACAGAGCUCCAGUCUCAUCAGCCACCAGAGAAUCCACACUGGGGAGAAACCCUACGAGUGUGGGGAGUGUGGAAAGAGCUUCAGAGAGAGCUCCGGUCUGAUCAAGCACCAGAGGAUCCACACUGGGGAGAGGCCCUACGAGUGUUCCAAGUGUGGGAAGAGGUUUCAGAGCAGCUCCAAUCUCCUCCUGCACUAUCAGAGUCACACUGAGGAGAGGCCCUUCCUCUGCCCUGACUGCGGGAAGGGAUUCAGGCAGAACUGCACCCUGGUCAGCCACCGGCGCAUCCACACUGGGGAGAGGCCCUACGAGUGUGAUAAAUGCAGGAAGAGGUUUCAGAGCAGCUCCCAUCUCCUGCAGCACUAUCGCAUUCACACAGAGGAGAGGCCCUUCAGGUGCCCCGACUGCGGGAAGGGAUUCAAGCGCAACUCCACCCUUGUCACGCACCGGCGCAUCCACACUGGGGAGAGGCCCUACGAGUGUGGGGAGUGUGGGAAGAGCUUCUCCCAGAGCUCUACCUUGACCCAACACCAACGGGGGCACCGGAUUCACACUGGGGAAAGGCCCUAUGAGUGUGGGGAGUGUGGGAAGAGCUUCAGACAGAGCUCCAAUCUGAUCAGUCACCAGAGAAUCCACACUGGCGAGAGGCCCUACGAGUGUGGGGAGUGUGGGAUGAGCUUCAGCGAGAGGUCCACCCUGAUCAAUCAUCAGAGGAUCCACACUGGGGAGAAACCCUAUGAGUGUUCCGAGUGUGGGAUGAGCUUCAGCCUGAGCUCCAGCCUGAUCAGGCACCAGAGGAUCCACACUGGGGAGAAACCCUACGAGUGUUCCAAGUGUGAGAAGGGGUUUCAGACCAGCUCCAGUCUCUUCCAGCACUAUCAGAGUCACACAGAGGAGAGGCCCUUCUGCUGCCCCGACUGCGGAAAGGGAUUCAGGUGGAACUGGCACCUCAUCAGGCACCGGGUAAUCCACACUGGGGAGAGGCCCUACGAGUGUGAUAAAUGCAGGAAGAGGUUUCAGACCAGCUCCAAUCUCCUCCUGCACUAUCGCAUUCACACAGAGGAGAGGCCCUUCAGGUGCCCCGACUGCGGGAAGGGAUUCAAGCGCAACUCUGACCUCGUCACCCACCGGCGCAUCCACACCGGGGAGAGGCCCUACGAGUGUGGGGAGUGUGGGAAGAGCUUCUCCCGCAGCUGUACCUUGACCCGACACCAACGGAGGCACCGUGAUGGGGAGAAGCCCCACACGUGCGAGGAGUGUGGGAAGAGCUUCAGGUGGAGAUCCAGCCUGAUCCUGCACCGGAGGAUUCACACUGGGGAAAGGCCCUACGAGUGUGGGGAGUGUGGGAUGAGCUUCACGUGGAGAUCCAGUCUGAUCCUGCACAAGAGGAGCCACACUGGGGAGAGACCCCACGAGUGUCGGGAAUGUGGGAAGAGCUUCAGCCACAGCUCCAAUCUGGUCAGUCACCAGAGGAUCCACACUGGGGAACGGCCUUAUGAGUGUGGGGAGUGUGGGAAGACCUUCAGAGACAGCUCCAACCUCAAUAAUCACCAAAGGAUCCAUAGUGGGGAACGGCCGUACGAGUGUGGGGAGUGUGGGAUGAGCUUCAGGUGGAGCUCCUACCUGAUCGUGCACCAGAGGAUCCACACCGGGGAGCGGCCUUAUGAGUGUGGGGAGUGUGGGAAGAGAUGCAGCGACAGCUCCAAUCUGAUCGUGCACCAGAGGAUCCACACUGGGGAGAGGCCUUUCGAGUGUUCUGAGUGUGGGAUGAGCUUCAGCCUGAGCUCCAACCUGAUCAGGCACCGGGUAAUCCACACUGGGGAGAGGCCCUACGAGUGUUCCAAGUGUGGGAAGAGGUUUCAGACCAGCUCCAAUCUCCUCCUGCACUAUCAGAGUCACACAGAGGAGAGGCCCUUCAGGUGCCCCGACUGCGGGAAGGGAUUCAGGUACAACUCCUCCCUCGUCACCCACCGGCGCAUCCACACCGGGGAGAGACCCUACGAGUGUGGGGAGUGUGGGAAGAGCUUCAGCCUGAUCUCCAACCUGAUCAGGCACCAGAAAAUUCACAGUGGGGAGAGGCCCUAUGAGUGUGGGAAAUGUGGGAAGAGCUUCAGACAGAGGUCCCACCUGAUCAGCCACCAGAGGAUUCACACAGAGGAGAAACCCUACGAGUGUGGGGAGUGUGGGAAGAGCUUCAGAGACAGCUCCCACCUGAGCAAGCACCUGAGGAUCCACACUGGGGAGAGGCCCUACGAGUGUGGGGAGUGUGGGAAGAGCUUCACACAGAGCUCCAGUCUCAUCAGCCACCAGAGAAUCCACACUGGGGAGAAACCCUACGAGUGUGGGGAGUGUGGGAUGAGCUUCAAACGGAGCUCUCACCUGAUCAGCCACCAAGUGAUCCACACUGGGGAACGGCCCUACGAGUGUGGGGAGUGUGGGAAGAGCUUCACACAGAGCUCCAGUCUCAUCAGCCACCAGAGAAUCCACACUGGGGAGAAACCCUACGAGUGUGGGGAGUGUGGGAAGAGCUUCAGAGAGAGCUCCGGUCUGAUCAAGCACCAGAGGAUCCACACUGGGGAGAGGCCCUACGAGUGUUCCAAGUGUGGAAAGAGGUUUCAGACCAGCUCCAGUCUCCUCCAGCACUAUCAGAGUCACACAGAGGAGAGGCCAUUCCUCUGCCCUGACUGCGGGAAGGGAUUCAGGCAGAACGGCACCCUGGUCACCCACCGGCGCAUCCACACUGGGGAGAGGCCCUACGAGUGUGAUAAAUGCAGGAAGAGGUUUCAGACCUGCUACCAUCUCCUCCGGCACUAUCGCAUUCACACAGAGGAGAGGCCCUUCAGGUGCCCCGACUGCGGGAAGGGAUUCAAGCGCAACUCUGACCUCAUCAAGCACCGGCGCAUCCACACUGGGGAGAGGCCCUACGAGUGUGAUAAAUGCAGGAAGAGGUUUCAGACCAGCUCCAGUCUCCUCCUGCACUAUCGCAUUCACAGAGAGGAGAGGCCCUUCAGGUGCCCCGACUGCGGGAAGGGAUUCAAGCAGAACUCCAACCUCGUCGUCCACCAGCGCAUCCACACCGGGGAGAGGCCCUACGAGUGUGGGGAGUGUGGGAAGAGCUUCUCCAGCAGCUCUCACUUGACCCGACACCAACGGAGGCACCGGUGAGGGAAGCCCUGCGAGUGCCCCGAGUGCGGGAAGAGCUUCGUGCGCUGCUCCAGCUCCAUCCCCCACUGCAGGACCCAUGCUGGGCACAGCCCUGCUGACCCACAUUCCCUGUGAUCCAUGCUGGGAACACACCUGGCUGCUUAUCCUUUUGGUUUGGCCUUAAUGUUUUUUUCUCUUCUCAAUCUUUGCAGUCCAAACGCCAAGUGGGAUGGAUCUGUUACUUCAGAAAAACUCAGUCCCACUGAAAACAACUCAAUUGUUGAAUUAAGGCUCAAUAGCAGCAGAGAUUUGCUUCUUCCCACCUCAAACAACUCAAUCCCACAACAAAGUCACUCGACUCCAAAGCCACCAGGGUGACGUGGGGUUAGGAUGACACUGGGACAAGUGGGAUCCCAAUUUAGUGCGGAGGGACGGGGAUUGCGUGGGGCUGGGGGUGUGAGAUGUAUUUGAUAGCAAAUAAAACUCUCAGACUUA